AUUUUCGCCAGGCAAAAACCAGUCAUCGUUCGGUCUUCAUUCUCUCGCUUUUAUCAGAUCUUCUUUCGCGCUUGAGUUUUGGUGCGAUCCUGUUUCCAUUCAAUAAACCCGACACUCUCGUGACUUUUCUCGGAUAUCACACCACCAAGGUAUUCUUGUACCUUUCCACACUGCAUUUUCGCGUGUUCUCUGCCGAUCAAGCCAUCGUCAGAUGAACCUGCAAUAAUUCUUUUUGAGAACCCUCUGUCUCACGUUCCCAACUUGAGAGGUCUCAUUCGCCGUCUCGAUGGUGUUCGUCAAGCCCACUGUUGGAAUCUCACGUCUUGCUGGUACAGCCUUCAAAUCAUUCACCCACGGAUACGCUCAGACUGUUGUCGCCGCUUCUCAAUCUUCCUACGCAUCUCAAAACACUGGUGUCACACCACUCGCGAGUAACUGGAUCCAUCGCAUUGGCGGAAACACCAGCACAUCUCAAGUACAACAUGUCCCCACUCAUGCUAGUUCGCAAGCAUCCCGUCAGGACAACAACCAAAGCGAUGGUCUAGCUCAGUACUACGAAGCAUGGCACAAACAUCACAAGAAUGGCGACCUUCGCGAAUGGCAACAAUUUCAGUUCCAGAAGUUGAUCGGAUACUCGGGUGCAGAAGCUGUGGAGAGCAAAGAGUUGGAAGAUGUCCAGGAAAGCAGCGCCAUUGAGGAGGUCGAUGAAAGUCUGGAAGACUCGCCGCAAAGAAGAAACUUGAAGCGUGCAUACACAACUAGCGCUGUCGACAACUUCGGAAAGGCAAUCGACAAUCAGGAGGCUGCUGCUAUCGCAUUCGCACAAGUCAACGAGGCCAUUGCUGAAGAGAUCAGCAAGACUAAGCAAGAGGUUGAAGCCGCCACUGAAUUGGCUAUCGAGGAUGAUGCACGUUCUGAAAAGACCAUUACGGCUAGCCAGGUUCCUUCGCAGGACUUGUCUAGCCCUGUCCUCAACGAGACCGCUGCCACUUCUAUCUCGGAGGUCGAUGCGUACACACAAGAGUUGGAGUUCAUGCUUCGCGACAAGCAGUACGCACGCAUCCCCAGUAUCUUCGAGUCUAUGCUGUACGCUGGUGUCAGACAACCUCCAGCCUCCGCUUACCAUGCUCUCAUGAUCUCGGCUAUCGAGCUUACAAAUGGCAAGCACCAAAAGGUUCCCAAGGCCUUGGAGGUUUACUCGGAUAUGCUUCGUCGUAGAGUGGUUCCGGAUGCUGAGACCUAUGCUGCUCUCGUCAACCUUCUUGCUAAUAGAGCUCUGGAAGCCUCGGCCACCAAGAAGGUUCUCGAGGAGAAGCGCACCCGUUAUGGCGGUAUGGAGACUGAAGACAGUUUCCUGUUCCAAUCUGAUGCGCUGGAAUACGCCAUCUUUGCAGAGGAUCAAUCUUUGAGUAUUGCAAUGGCCAUGUUCAACUCCGCAUCCUCCAAGGUUGAAUUCUCAACUAUGUCUUACGGUCUUCUCAUUCAUGCAUGCGCCAAGCAAGGUCGCAUCUCCGACAUGAUGCGUUUGUUCGAACACAUGUCUAGCAAGGAUGUCGUGCCUAAUGCAAACAUCUUUCCGGCCAUGAUCAACGCGUACGCAACCGCAGGAGACUUGCGAAAUGCCGUAGACUGCUACGACAACUACAAGAAGCUUGCCAUCGACAACGACGCUGGCUUGAACAGCAUGUCAAGAAUGGAUGAGACUGUCUAUUCUUCUCUGAUCAAGGCAUAUGCUGCGUGCGAACACUCUACUGGCGGUCAGAAGUUCUUGCGUGACAUCGAGUCUCAGGAGCAAAACGCUUUCAAGCGCCAAGCUAUCCGUGACACCGUUUACGUUGAGUCCUUCCUUCCUCUGUCGCUCAAGGCUGGUGAUUUUAAGGAAGCUUCCGCCGUCCUCGCCAACAUCUCGAGUGCCGCUUCAAUCAAUGCACUCAACUCAAUCAUUGUCGCUGCCGCUGACGCCGACAACUCGAUCGAGGGCACCAAGGCGUUCAAAGCUCUUGCCGACGUCGGUGCCGAUCUGGCUCCUUCUUCAAUGGCGAUGCUCGCCAUGCAUGUCCGCAAUGCAAACCUCGAGGCAGCUGAGCCAUACUGGCGUGUGAUUGAGAGCUCUCUGGCCGUUCCCGCUUUCAUCGAGCCGGCCACCAUGCGUGCUCUUGCGCUCAUCAGUGUUGGCCUUACCACUCGUGGCAUAUCGCAGACCCGCCGCAUGCUGAGCCGUAUAAGAGACGCUCAGAACUCGGCUUCUCCCAACCACGAAAUCACUGACAAGAUCGAGGAAGUCAUCGAAGUCCUUGGUAGCUUUGCUCUCAAGAACAACAACUCUCUCGAGAUUGGUGCAAGCAUUGAGCUUCUUCGUAUGAUGGUAGACAAUGGUGCUCUCGUCAACCCCAUUGCCGAACAUUUGGUUGCUUCCUUUGGCUCUCAGGAAAUCUCGCAGCUCAACGCAAGUGAUAUUGGUCUUCUGACUAAGAUUCAGUCGCGCAUGAUCCUUGAUGAGUCUGCUCCCGGGAUUGCUGGGGACGCCAGAUUCGCUUGCCUUCUGGAGAACAUCGUGUCUCGCGCCGUCCUGCCUGACGUCUCGACCGAGAACUUGAUCGAAAAGACUUUGAUCAACCUGGACCGCAGUGAUCUCAGCCGUCUCUGGAACAAUUACCGUUACCCCGUUCUUCCUUCUCCCGUCUAUCCGCCCGCUGUAAACUUCAACGCUUUCCCUCCUGCCCCUCUGGUACCGGUCUCGCCUGUAUUUGAUGAUGCAUUCGAUCCUUAUGCCAGUCGUACCGACAACAAGGCUUCGGUCGCCAUCACUGACCUUCUUGAGAAGUCUCAUGGAAAGUCUGCCGCUCAUCUGAACGAGGCAUUAGCAAAGUUCCGCAACGUCCGCCGCGCUGGUCGCGUACCCAGAUUCUUUGCCUACUCGAAGUUGAUCAUGGCUGCUGCCAAGGAGAACCAGUUUAGCCUUUGCCGCGACAUCUUGGAGAUGGCAAAGCAAGACGUUCCUUUCCUUCCUCAGUACCGUGUCGUCAGAUUUGGAUGGGUUUCCAUCCUCGACUCUAUGCUCUCAGCUUGCCUGAAUGUUGGCCGCCGCGACCUCGCUGCUCAAUAUCACCAGGACUUGCUUGACAUGGGAGCUUCACCAUCGGCUAACACCUACGGCUUGUACAUCACUACUCUCAAGGAGAACACCAAGACAUUCGACGAAGCUACUGAAGCAGUCAAGAUCUUCCUGCGCGCUAAGGCUGAGGGUGUUGAGCCUACUUCCUUCCUCUACAAUGCGCUGAUUGGCAAGCUUGGCAAGGCCCGCCGAAUUGAUGACUGUCUUUUCUACUUCGCUGAGAUGCGCAACCUUGGGAUUCGCCCUACCUCUGUUACCUACGGUACUAUCGUCAACGCUCUUUGCCGUGUAAGCGACGAGAAGUUUGCCGAGGAGAUCUUCGAAGAGAUGGAGGCCUGCGCCAACUACAAGCCUCGUCCCGCACCUUACCACAGCUUGAUGCAGUACUUCUUGACCACCAAGCGUGACCGCAGCAAGGUGUUGAGCUACUACGAGCGCAUGCGCUCAAAGGGCAUUCAACCUACCAUGCACACUUACAAGCUCCUGAUCGACACUCAUGCCACUCUUGAGCCUCUGGACAUGGCUGGUGCCGAGACUGUUCUUGCCGAGAUGCGUGCUGCUGGUGAGAAACCUGAGGCUGUUCACUACGCUGCACUCAUCCACGCCAAGGGUUGUGUUCAACAUGACAUGUCUGGUGCACGCUCUCUGUUCGAUACUGUUGCUUCCGACUCAAAGGUCAAGCUUCAGGCUUGUGUCUACCAAGCCAUGUUCGAGUCACUCGUUGCUAACCGUCAAGUCGCUGAUGCCGAGUCUUUGCUCGCUCACAUGUCUUCUCGUAGAGUUGAGAUGACUCCUUACAUUGCCAAUGCACUGAUCCACGGUUGGGCACUGGAAAAGGACAUUGUUCGUGCUCGCCAUGCUUUCGAUCGUGUCAGCUUUGCAGACCGCGAGCCCAGCACAUACGAGGCCAUGGUUCGUGCUCACCUUGCCGUCGAGGAUCAUGAGGGUGCUCAGGCUGUCACCUCUGAGGCACUCAGCAGAGGAUACCCUGCUGCUGUUGCCAACAAGAUUGCUGAGCUCAUCAGCGGUGGCAGACAAUAGUCUGUCCUUCCUUCUGUUACAUUUUUCACUUCAAUCAUUUCCUUUAGCGUUUUGAAGCGAACUGUUAUGAGAAACACGAAUAACAGGAACGGCGUCUUGGGUUUCGUGAUCAAAGCAUGGCGUCAAAAGCAGGGUGGCUUUCUAUCUUUUUUGGUGUUGACAUGUACAAAGAUAUCCGGGAGAGUAAGGAAGGCAGAAAAAGCUGCGUUACCACUCUCCCAUGCGUUUUACUGGUUGGAUUGCUCUUCGUUUUCUCUAUAUAUACAUCUCCUCUCUGCUGGGUCAUUGAUAUCAUAUACUCUGAAAGAAUUGGGUAUGUGAUUAGAUCUGGGGU